AUAUGGCUUGGUGGCGCCCAGAAGGCUAAUUGCUAAUGUGCGCCACCCCAUUUGUACACAUACAGCGGCUGAUCUCAAGUAAUCGAUCAGUAUGUAUUAGCAAGAUAGUGUUGAGAUCAAGCACUGCCACCACCAGCCAGCUUACAGCAAGCACUUGCCUUGCACGCGUCUUUGCAUUUCCGGCUUGUUCCAGCUGCACAGCUUUCUCCAUUUCCCUCAGUUAUUUUUUACAAUUACAGCAAUGUCGGGCAACUUUGACCAGGCGACCCAGCGCGAGCUUUCGGCAUUUGUCGAGCAGGAGUCGGCCAAGAUGCAAUUGCAGAGCAACAUUCACGAGUUCACGGGCCGGUGCUGGGAGACGUGCAUCAAGGACGCAAAGUCGAACCAGCUUGACAGCCGGGAGAAGAGCUGCAUGGAGAACUGCGUUGGGCGGUUCAUCGACACCAGCGUGUUCAUUGUCAAGCGCCUGCAGAUGAACCAGCACUAGGUGCCGUUUUAUGUCCAAAAUAGAUCAGAUCUCAAAUCAUAUAUCUGCUGGUAUUUCG